AAAAAUGAUAUUUUAGCAAUGAAUAUGAAAAAAGUUACUGCAAAACUGAAGCAAGUGAGAGUAAGGCUUCUGGUUUUGGGUGGUUUUUCAUACUCGGCAUUUGAUUGUGAAAUGUAGUGGGCAUGAAUGAGCUGGUUUUGAAUAUUGAAAAGAAUUAGGUUAGGUUAAUGGGGAACCAUUAACAUACUCUUGUCUUCUGCUGGCUUGUACCACUGUUUUAUUUUGUUUGUGUCUUGUCAAAGCAAUUGGGUUUCAGUUAGCACAUUCCAAGAUUAACAAAUCACGGGCAUAAAAAUAGUAAUCAGCAGCCUAGGAUGCUCCUAAUCUUCUGAUUGUUGUAGUCUGGGGAUUCAAAUACCCAUAAUUUCUAUGUUAUUGUUUCUUCUCUUUUUUCACAUCUCUGUACAACAGUACUACUGAGAAUUCUUUGAGAGAGAGAGAGCGGGGGAGAGAGAGAGAGAGAGAGAGAGAGAUUUAAUCUUCUGUUUUCUUUAUCCUUCCUUCCUCUUUUUCAACUCAUUGAACUUGCUGCCUAGGAAACCUGGUUUUUUGGUGGAUUUGCCAUAUAGGUAUCACCAGUUACUCAUCUGGGGGGCUCUGAGAUAGUUGAGCUAGGGUUUUUUCUUUUUGUCUUUUUUGCUGGGUAAAUAAGGUUUCUUUUAACCAAGUGGUUGUUCAAUGGUGGAGCUUCAGUCCUGCGCCAGCUUGGUGAAUGGUUCUGUAUUAUGUACUUUUGGGCAAGAAGUGAGAGGAGAGAGCGUGAGUCUUGUAGCAGAGAUUUCAGCCGAGCUGCAAAGGGAAAGACAGAAGAAUGCAGAGCUCGCGGAGAGAAUAUCAAUCCUUGAAGCUCAAAUACAGGAGAGAGAUCAGAAAUCUCUGCUAGCCAAUGGACAAGCUAGUUGUCACGGUGCAAGGGAAAGAAGCUACAAGAUGUUCAAAAGACAGAAGACAGAAUCAAGUCAAAGAAUUGAAGAUAUAAACUUCAAAACCUCACAGGCAAAGCAUGAAACUCUAAGCACACCCCCGAGGGAAUCAAAACCAGAGAAUCGUUUAGUCAAUUGGAUGAGCAUAGAUGACAAUAUUGAGCUUCUGCAUUCUGAGAACUUGAAAGACAGUGAAUCUGUUAUUGAGUGGGAUGAUGACACAGACGAUAGUGAAGGUGAAGCUAAUGAGUAUUUUGACGAGAAUGAUAAUGACAUUAACCAUAAAAAUGAGGGAAAAGGAGAGAAUGCAAAAGUUGCUUCUGAACUAUACCAACAUCUUCCUGGUCAAGAAGAUCUUGAGGGAAACAGUGAGCCAAUAUACCAAUGUGGGAUCCAAGAUUUGAUUCAAGAUCAUGGAAAAGAUACUUUUCCAUCUGAUUUGGAUCCCAUUACUUACAAGAGGAAGCUAAAAGAAACUCGUAGCAUAGAAUCCAAAAUGAUUGGAAACUACCAGGUGUCAUUACAUACUUCUAUACGUCAGGAGGAGUUGAGAGCAUCUACAAGCAUAUCAUUACAGAAAAAGCACCCAAAAGUUGCUUUCUGUCCGAAGGAAGUUAAGAGAAUACUUGAAUCGGAAGUGCUUCAACAGAAAAAUGCCCAGUCUCACACCAUAAGGAAAAUUAUAGUUUUUGCAUCUCUUGGUAUCAGGCAUGGGUGUGAAGAUAUGUAUGAAUUAGACUUCAAUCACUUUAGCAUUUUGCACAAAGGAGAGCCAUACGUAUCACCAGAGAAUCCUGGGGAACACGUUUUGUACGAGAAUCCUGGCGUCCAGAGGAAGAUCUUCUAUCCUAAUCGACAGAGCCUUACAUUGUGUCCAGUUCAAAUACUUGAGGAGGAGAAGGCCAUGCGUCCAUCUGAUGCUAGCUGUCCAUCAUGCUUGUUUCUAUGCAUCAAGUAUGGAGGAAGGACGAGAAACCUUCCCCAAAAUGAAUAUGUCAGACAACGAAUGGGAAGAAACAAGCUGAAGUCUUUUGGACUGGUCAUGUGUCAAAUGGCGAGGCUAGUCCACAUUCGAAGCGGAAGCUUCUUCUUCAAGGCCUUGGGUGUCACUCUCUUAUUCAUGGCUGGUUUUCCUGAUGACCUGGUUCAAAAAGAAACCAAAUAUAGAAACUUGGAGCUCCUUCAAAAGUAUUAUAGAACAGACGAGGAUGCUGAGGGGGAGGAACUGUUCCUUCCACAUCACGUGGCUUGCAAUGCUCAGCCUUGUUCCAAUUUUCAGCAGCCAACCGGGAAGGCCAUUCCAGCAAAACCUAAAGGCAAGAAACAUACAAAUCCAGCAACAAAGCCCCAAAGCAUUCAGAAAGCCUCAACUCCAGAGUCUACUGCUCCUUCAAGUUGGGCACCUCCCAAUCAAUUUGGGCUAAUAGGUUAUAAAUCCAUUGAGACUCAUGCAGAAGCAGCAUUCCAGUCUAUUCCCUCUCAAGCUCCAGCCACCUCCCCGACAUUCUCUAACCCUCCGGUCAUAGGUCCUGGCCGUCACAUCUCCUACCGCAACCUAACCCCAUAUCCUCCUAUGUUUCGACCACACGCUGCAAAUGCUUUUGUGCCUGUGGUGUACUGGCCUCUCCCUAAUGCAUUCCCUCAUUGCCCUUACCCGCCUUCAUAUGAUUAUCGAUCUUUUCCUACUACCGGGAACUAUGUCUCUGUCAAUCCCCGGCCUUGUUACUCCAAUCUCUCAUGCAAUCCUUUAGUUUCUAAGAUGGCAGAAGGCAAGGAGAAGAAUGAUGCAGCCUUGGGGGAAGCUGAUAGUGACUCCGAGAGCAGUUCAAGCAGUAGAGUGCCAAAAGAGGAAAGAAUAAUCUCAUGAGUCAUGAAUCUAGAGGAAAACAUGGAUCAUUCCUGGAUGUUGAUCUUUGCUGGAGGAACUCUGCAACUCCAUACAUUUCUUUGCCGUAUCGUAAAAAUGUAGCUUCUCAUCUUUCCCUUUUGCUUAAUCAAAAUUUUAGCAGUUAGUCUCAUCUUAUAUUUCCUUGAGAAUUCAACCUCAUAUCAUUGUGGAUUUCUUUAUAAUUCUGGUGCAUGAUUCUAUUGUUCCACAACAAGACAAGCAGUGUCCCUUCAACCCUCUCAUCCAUCAAGAAGAAAACAAUAAUUAAGUUAGAAAAGGUGUUUUCUUUAAUCCAAAUCUUACUAAAAUUGCAAUCCAUGGGCCCCAAUCCAUCUAUGGUAGGCCAUCUCUAACAAAGAGUCUUUGCUCUACACUCCAUCUUGUGAAGAGAUCCCAUUUUCUUUUCUCGCUCUUACCUUAGAAAUGAAGAUUUAACCAUCCAUAAAGCUAUAUUUGCUUAUGUAAGGGAAUCUCUUAUCCU